AUGGAUACCCACUCGCACAAUGCGCAAGUGCCAGCUCUUCGAGCAUGUCUCGACUAUCUCCUUGGAGAUGUCGUCGAGAUCCUUCCUGCUUCAGUGCUCCCUGAACUACAGAAAGUCUACGAUGAGGUAAAAACAUUGCGCAAAAUGGGGCCGGAUAGUGUCCGCCAUCCUCUUGAGUGGAAUGCUUCAGUGCCGAACCUGCUGAAAUGGAGUUACUACAUCCAUGUCGAGGAUGCACCCUCUGAUUUGGUAGAGGAUGUUAUCAGCUGUCUCAAAAUCUUGCUUCAAAUCUUUGACGAAUGUCCCGAUGCUUAUAUCAUUAGCAUGGGGUUAUCUCCUAGCGACCGACCCAUGAACAUUGCUACAAUUAGACUCUUUCUAACGUAUAACUCACAGAAGAAAUUGUGUCGAUAUUUGCUUCUGGAAGAUGUUGACCGCCCUUCAGAUGCUGUUUUCUAUCUGAGGUCACUUAUUGAUGUGGAUUCGGCGUUAUGUAGAUCCCCCAGUGAAGUGCCAUGGUUAGAGAAUCCAGUGCUUUAUUCUAUGUACGGGGCUGCACUUGUUUCAUCUGGAACGUUCACGGUCGAAACUAAGACUGUCCUUGAACAUGUACUGGAGGCGGCAGAUCAGUCGAGGUUUUCAAAGACUCUGGAUCUCUCGUGGCAUAUUAUUCAGGCUCGCCUUGGUCUCGCUCUUGUGCUUACCCGGUUGGGGGUUGACUCUGAGGCCCAGAAACACAUAGAAUGGGCAGUCAAAUUUUUGCGCAGGAAUGCAAGCCUAAUGCCAGCGGCCAAUCUACGACGUCUUCUCGUGCGUGUGGACAACCCCCCGCACCCAGUUCUCGUGGCACUUGGUGGCAUGAAGUGGUUAGACGAAGAUAUGAGGAAUCCUCGGAAAGCGGAAAAUUGGAUGCAAAAGACAUGUAGCCAUUGUGGUGUUCACGAUCUUCAAAGGAGGCUUUUCCAUUGUUCAGGAUGCACUACGUCUUAUUACUGUUCUAGAGAAUGCCAGCGAGCGGAGUGGAAAAUGCACAAAGAUGCCUGCCGCGAUCUUCAAGAAAUGAAAGCUAAGAUAGAACUGAUGCGAAAGCACGAUCCUCGAGGUGCACAACGCCUUUCCGACUGGUUGAAAUGGCGAAACCUGACCCCGAUGCCCCUCGUCCAUGCACUUAUCCACGCACUCUCGCUGAAACGAGACCCCACUCGUGGGAGCAGACACGCCUUCGCUGAGCUGGUGGAGCACAUGCCACAAGUCAAGGACCCCCGGUACAAGUUCCGCGUUAUCGAGUGCGGUGUCUUUCGCCUCGAUCAAGCAGCGGCGGAUUUUGACACCCGCUUGUCGGAGCUGGAGGGGAACACUCAGUCCUUCUCCAUGCGCGACAUGGUCAAGGACUUGGAUUCGCUGGUUGAGCGCAUGCCGGGUGGAGAUGUGGUACCGAUGGUUAUCUUGAGAUAUGCGGUCGGAUGUGGAACUUCCAUAAACAGAGCGACGGCUAAUCAAAAGCUGGUGAACGAGUUGCCAUACGACCCAGAUUGGCGUAGGCUGAUCAACCAGGAUGAAAAUGAUCCUCCGAAGCCAAUGAAUUUUCUAUCGGGAAAGCCAGACACCGAAUUUUCCUUUGAAUUCUAA